AUGAAGUUGUCGGCUAUCUACGUGGUGUUGGGUGCUUCUGCUUCGCUCGGACUGGCGUUGCCCAUUCAAGAAACUAUCUCCGCAGCAGUUGACACAGCUCGGUCUGGGACGAGGGGGUUCUUUCACUCGCCUCAAAAGGUUGUCGCGCUUGGUUCAGAGUCAAAUCAGCCCUCACAAUCGGAAGCACCGACUUUCCAACAAUACACUGAUCGUCAUCGACAAGAGGAGCUGGGUUUCAUUCGGUCCGAUGAGAAAGAAUUCAACCUACCAGCUGGGCUUAGGCCUACACCGUCACAGUCUGGACCAUUCUCCACAUAUGAUCAGCCGAAGAGUGCGUCGUCGUACGGAACAUUCCUGGGGAAAUGGCAUCCAUUCAGACACGAACAGCCACAUCAAUGCAAUCACACCCAUUCAGCACACACGGUAACCUAUCUUAAACCACUCGAUCUACUUGAUGUCAUGGAAAACUACGGCCCGGUCUGUGUUGCGCUGGCGAUCUUCGUCCUCGUGCCAAUCGCCUACUUUGUGCUUGAGCUGUUGGAGAUUACACUCCAGUACUUUGUUCGGGAACGGUUUCCGCAGCGGGGUCGGGAUCGUUUGCAAUUGUUGGGUCCGGAGAGGCAGCUUCGUGCUGUGAAUGCUUAUCAGCGGGAGAAAAUAAUUGAGCAGGAGAAGCACUGGUGGCAGGCUCGGCGGGCGAGAUAUUGA